CAUUUUUGAGAACACAAAAUGGGGAUAUUUCCGUUACUGCUCUUUUCCUCCUUCUCCCCAACCACAUUCAUGGCAACCAUUUCGUAAGAAAAAGGUUGUUAUGCGUCUCGCCUAUGUUGGCACCAAUUACAGAGGUCUCCAAAUUCAACCAGAUCAACAUUCACUCUCAACUGUUGAAAAAGAACUUGAAAGUGCGAUAUUCAAAGCCGGUGGCAUCCGCGACAGUAAUUUAGGGGAUCUUGAGAAAAUUGGAUGGGCCAGAAGUAGCCGAACUGACAAAGGAGUUCACUCUCUUGCGACAAUUUUAUCGUUUAAAAUGGAAAUCCCAGAAAACUCUUGGAAUGGAGACCCUUAUGGCUUUUCCCUUGCAAAUUAUGUUAACUCUUAUCUUCCUUGUGAUAUCAAAGUUAUAAGCAUUUUGCCUUCACAAAGAAGCUUUGAUCCGAGAAAGGAAUGCAAUUUGCGGAAGUAUUCCUACCUACUCCCUGCUAAAAUUAUUGGUAUUCAAAGCUACUCUAGCAAUGAUGAAAUCGAUUGCCACCUGUCAGAGUUCAAUGAUAUUCUCAAAGAAUUUGAGGGGGGACAUCCUUUCCAUAAUUAUACAGCAAGGUCCAGGUACAGAAAACAUUUUCGUCGUAGACCGUCACAGUCGAAGAGCGGUGAGAGUUUAUCAGCAUACAAUUCAGAAUAUGAGGAUAGUGACAAGGAAGAAAAUUUUAAAAUUGAUGAGGCACAUACAGAAAACAUAGUGUGCCAAAACCAAAAGUCUUCAGGAACUUUCGAUUCCUGCGAACAUCUCAACAGCACCGGUAAUGAGAAAGAUAGUUUGCAUGAUCAGAGCUCGAGAUUGGUUGUUCGUGCGAAAUGGUUAUAUGAACCUGAUGAUGCCGACAGAUUAAAUGCUUCUCAUUUCAGAAGAGUUUUUAAGUGUUGUUGUGGAAAGCUGGAAAGAUCACUGAGACAUAAUUACAUAGAGAUCUACAUAGAGGGAGAGUCCUUUAUGUUGCAUCAGAUAAGAAAAAUGGUGGGGACUGCAGUGGCAGUAAAGCGCAAAUUACUUCCGCGAGAUAUUGUAACAAUGUCACUGUCAAAGUUCUCGCGGAUCAUUCUACCACUUGCACCGCCAGAAGUUCUAAUAUUAAGAGGAAACAGCUUCUCAAUGAGAAAUAAGCCAGGAAAUGUAACAAGACCUGAAAUGCAGACAAUAGUUGAAUCAGAAGAAAUCAAUAAGGUUGUUGAUGAUUUUUACACAUCGGUUAUGUUACCUCAAGUUUCGAAGUUUUUGGAUUCAUCGAAAGUUCCUUGGGAAGAAUGGAUUGAGAAAUUGGAUGCUCACACAAGCAUACCAAAUGAUCAAUUGGAUGAGGUAAGGAAAGCUAGGAAUUUGUGGAAAGAAAAUUUUGACAGUACAAUUAGUGUCCAUCUUUGAUAAAUGAAAGAAAAAAGGGACAUGGUUACCUUUCUUAUUCUUUAAUCAAUUUUCUUGUUUUUUGGAUGGGAAAUUGUUAGUAAGUUAGUGAUUAUGAUAAUUUUCAGAGUUUGAAUGUUAGACCCCUUCUUAAAACUCCUUUGGCGCCCCUUUCAUCAGCUUCUUGUGAAUUUGGUCUCUUAACAUGCUUUAAUUAAAGCUUCCAUUGGCUUAGAAUAAUCUUUCCAGAUGAGUUGAAUUGAUGUAUACCUUCAUGUUAAA